UUUUGGGUUCACGUUAAAGCCAGUUUUCUAUAAAAAUAAGUGCUUACAGGAAACAGAAGCUACAAUGGGUGAAGAACCAAGUUGCAGUAAUGUAAGCGCCUUGCCAGAAGAAAUGGAAACUGAUCUUCCACAGACAGGCUCGAUCUCUCGAUACAGAUUUCCAUGUCCUAAUUGUCUUGAAAUGUCAUAUGGCUUAGAGAUAAUAACAAGCGAUAUAUCCUACUUCGGAAAUAACCUGCGGAGCGUUAUAGCAGAAAGCGAAAUAUUGAUAAAAGAUUAUUUGAAAAGACAGCGCUUAGAGCGCAAGGCAUCGACAACACAAAAGAAUAAAAUGUUUAACGUUGAUGAAGAAUCAAGCCUCUCCGGCAGCGAGGACGAUCUUUUAUUAGCGAAAAAGGAAGUUUCGGAUAAUUGUACGAAACAGAGGACCUAUGGCCGCAGCAGUAAUGCAGAAAAACGAACAUUUGGAUCAUGGCUCAUCCUUUCAUUCGUAACUGGAGGCUGGAACUACAGCACCGUGAAGAAUUUUCUAUUAAACGAAUACGGAGUAAAAUGUUCCCGAAGUAGGACUACUCCGGAAAGGCUUGCGAUGGCAGGAGUGUUCAAAGCUAUCGUUAAAUUUGAAAAUAGAGAAGAACUUAAGCAAGUAGUUAUGAGCUUAAAAGAAAGUCAAAUACAUGACAAAUUUUUAUUUUUAUCAUUCGAUAAAAGGUCAGUCAACCAGGAGUUUUCAGAAUCAGAUUCUGACGACGGGAGUACCGGUUACUUGGUCCCGAUAUCCAAAGGAACUUAAAUUUAUUGAAAAAUUUGGAUUAUUAUUCGUAUUUUAAUCAAUUAGUCGAGUCUAAGCUAUCUUCUAAGAAGCUAAUUCAACAGUAUACAAUAUAAACAUACAAUUUAUGUAUUUACCUAAUAUAUAUUAUCGUGGGAAGACAAGGGGAGGAGAGGAGGAGAUAUAUAUAUAUCAAGACAGAUUUUCAGCAUAGAAUAAUUUCUAAUAAUUUAAAUAAUUGUUGCUGUAACUUUGGUUGGUGUCGCAGUCGGUGGCAAGCCAUAGAAGUUGAAGUUUCUGUAAAGGACAGAUUGUAAGCGUAAAUAAUAAAUUAAAAACAAUUCCAAAAGGUACAGGUUUUAUACAUUAUAGAAAUGAUGAUUAAAAGUGUAAAAUAAUCAAAUUAUUAUGUAACUAUUUUAUUCGUAAUUAUAACAAUUUAAAAUUGAACUCUUUUUCCGAAGAAUCAAUAAAAACACCUUAUAUGUCAAUUUCUUUAUGGUAAAUAUAUUUGCUCCUUCUACGGAAGACGAUAUUUUAUAUCUAGUAAUGGUAUAUGCACACGUCUUCUUAUUUUAAAAAUCUUAUUGAAAAUCUAGUCAAUUUAAUUUAUACUUACGUUUUGGAAUAUUCUACCAAUAAAUUAACAAGUUAUUUAUAUAUACGACCUAGGAGUUAGUUAUUUAUUGUUGAAGUUUUAUUAACUAAAAUAAUCAGCAGUUAUUUUUUGCCCAUAUUGUCUUGUAUACAUCUCGUACUAUAAACGCUUGAUCAGAAGGUCCUGAGGAACCUUACUUUAUUUACUUUACUUUUAAUAUGAUUAGAUUGAAGUUUCUUCUGUGAUAUAAUAUAUUUCUUAAAUGCAGGUAUUAAUUAUAAUUUUUACUGUUAGAAAGCA